CACAUAAUCGAAGCGCCUCCGCUCUGACGGGGUACGAUGAGUACUGAUAACCAUGAUCAAACGAAGCCCUGCGUCAGCAAACCACCCGCAAGAAUCGAGCUUAAUGCCGACGAAAGCGCGUUCGACGGCAGGCGAAUUAAGAAGGAACGAACUGACGUUUCCCUUGAGAAUGGUGACGGUAGCAUCAACGCCGGCAUUAAUGAUACUAACAAGCAACUACAGUCGAGUCAGCGACCGGCUGCCGGCAGAUUUUCAAACGGCUUCCACGACGACGACCUACUUCAGGAUAUCAUCGCGGCCAAGUUCACGGCUCUGGCAAAUCAUGGCACAACCACCAAGUACGACAAAAUUCGGCUCAUGAUCGAAGAUAGCAUCAGUGAAGAAUCAAAAACACGUAUUCAAGAAAUCUUCUCACAAAUUGAACAACUGAAAAUAGAAGAAAAAUUAUUGUUGUACCUGAAACUUCCACUAUCAUUGACUAAUACUGGAGGAACUGUUGAUCCUUUGAGACAACCAUUAAAUCCAUUAGGAAAUCGUUAUGAAAUUCAUCAAACUAUCAUGUGGAUUAAAACACAUUUAGAAGAAGAUCCAGAUGUUUCUUUACCAAAACAAGAAGUUUAUGAUGAAUAUAAUAUGUAUUGUAUGCGAAAUUCUAUGAAACCCUUAUCAACUGCUGAUUUCGGUAAAGUUAUGAAACAAGUAUAUCCAAGAGUUCGACCACGUAGACUAGGCACACGAGGCAAUUCACGUUACUGUUAUGCUGGAAUGCGCAAGAGAGUUAAAUUGGAUCCUCCAACAUUGCCUAAUAUAUCUGGCACUCAGACUGGUGAUGAAGUAGAUGAAAAUAUUACUGAAGAAAUGUUGGGAGCUGCAUCUACAUUGAUCAGAGAAUGGGCAGAAAGCCUCCUUGGUUUGAAAUUUCCAACUUUGAGUGCCUUAGCACGUCAUCUUGUUGAUAAUCUGUGUGUUGAUACUCGAUCUCUAUCUGCUGUGUGCAUAUUAUGUGCUUCAGGAAAUUCGAAUACAUCGACAAAUAAAGAGACAAAUACAGAUAUACGUGCAACACCUAUUAGUGGAAAAUCUGGGAAGCUUAGAGAAGCACAAUUACAGUUGCAACGAAAGCUACAACAGCGAGAACAUAUAAGGGAUCAAAAACACCGUCAUCUUGAUACUGUUAUACAGAACCAGAACAAAGAGAAGACUGUCGAUAAUAAAACGGGGGCAAAUAAGGGAAAUAAGAAAACUAAAUCCAAUCAGUCAUCUCAAGGUACAAAUGUAUCGAGUGGGCAGCAGAAUGCAUUAACGAAAUUGAGUUCAUCUGCUGUAGUAACCAAUCGGCAGAAGAAAGUUUUUAAAGCUACUAGUAGUCAGCCAUGUAACAUCUCCCUGGAAUCCAACUGUGAUAAUAUAGUGGUACAAUCGAUUGAAGACAUACAGAAUAAUAGCAACCCUAGUGUAGUAAUGACCAACUGCGUAAAUACACAGCGAGAUAUCAAACCCAAAAAUUCCAGAAAGCGUGCCAAUCCAAUUGUAUUGAAUCAACCAUCAGAGACAAGUCCUGAGAAGCAGACAAAACUUACAGAACAGCAAAUACAAGAGAAUGUAGAGCAUUCCAAUGUGUUGUUGCCUAAGCUUACAUCUAUACAACGUCCCGGGAAAAUUUCGGUGAUACUAGCUAGUAAUCUGAAGCCUACCAAGUGCAAAACAAACGAGGCUGUUAACAAUCAGCCUACCAAAAACUGUGAUAAUGAAUCAUCAACAUGUUCCAAAAGUUGCAUUAAAGUAAAUGGUUGUCCCAACACUUUUGAGUCUAGUUCAAAUGCAAUAGAGGAAUCUACAGUUUUAACUAAAGACCAGAUUCUAUUAUUGCAAGAGAAUUCAAAUCUUGCAGGUAAAACUGAGAAACUUGGCUCUAUUGAUUCGGAUGCUUUAGAUGAUUAUUUGAAUGGAGGUAACAACUCUCAAGAACAAGAGGAGGAAUUAUUACAGUAUUUUCAACAAAGCAAUUCAUCAAGUUCAGAUGUGGAAGCAAAUACCAUUGCUAUUGAUGAACAAAUAUCAAGAUCUGAUAAAGUUUCACAGCUAAGAUUAAUAUUACAACAGAAUUUGAAAGGAGGGACUGUACAUGCACCUGUUGAUGUAUUACCUGCUGCUAUCAUUAGGCAAAAUGUUGAAAAACGUGAAAUCACUCAAAAGCACAAUUUGAUAUUACCAACUUUACUAAACCAUUCGAACCAAAAUAAUACCAGACGCAGAGUCAGUUUUGAAACGAAUGUUGUAGAACAUGUUCAAGACUCGAAUGUUAUUACUAAUACAGUUCCACAGAGCCCAAAUACACGACGUCGAAUAUUUAAUUUUACGCCAAUAUCGCCUGGCCCACAUUCACCUAUUAAUGGUCGCGCUUCCAAAUCUAAUUCUGCAAACGCUAGCCCAUUCGUUUCACCACGAAAUACACCUGUGCCACGGUCGAGAAGCAAUUUACAAGCAAGUAGUUCCAGAGCUCGUACUCACAAAUCCUUAUCGCGUUCAAUAUCUUGCAGUAUGCCUUAUACUAGCAAGAAUGAUACUUUUGUUGUUCCCACAAGUGGUCCGGAAUUAGUUAGACAAGCGUCAUCUACACCACAGUUACCGUUGAUUUCUACCAAGUCGUCGGAAGUGCAGGUGGAUAGUAAUACAACGCAAAUUUCAGUUACACCAAAAAGAGAAGGACAAGGAUCACAGUGUGCUGCAUUUUUAUCUUCUGAUUUAGCACCGCAAAAACAAUUACUCAUUAAUUAUCCAAGUCAGGAAAAUUUACAAGAAAUUAAAAACGUUUAUCAAAAAAGUCAACCUGAUCAGGAAAUUAGCGAAUUGUUUCAUAACAAUAAACAAUUUACCAGUGAACUUUAUAGGUCGCAAUCAGUUCCAUUACAUAGAAUGGUUAAUCCUGCAUUGAUGUCACCUAUUUCAACGCAACAUUGCUUAUCAUCCUUUCAAAGCCAGAGUUUUAAUCCAUCUACAAGCAGUUCCAUAGCGCCUACGCCAGUACCUAGUGAGUUCAAUGAUUUUGGAUCAAUGGGUCAACCAGAAGGACCUUCAACAUAUUUACUUGAUGACGUUGAUCCAAAUUUUAUAUCAGAUGACCAAAAUUUCUUAAUGGGUGACAAAGAAAUUACACCUGAAAACAUAACGAAUAUAUUAAACAUUUUGGAUGAAGAAGGAACUCAAAGCUUGCAAAUUUUACCGGAACAACCUGCAGAAGAAGGCUUGAUAGAAAACAAUUCAAUAGUGUUGGAUGCUUUACCAAAUUCAAAUUUAAACUUGUCAGAAGAGGAUAUGUUGGAUCCAUCAAAUGUACUUGAUAUUCCAGUAGGUGGAGCAUUACAGAAAAUAAUACAGUCACGCUCCUAUCCUAAUACACCAUUACCUGUGCCAGUAUCAACAUAUACGCCAUCUUACACAGAAGAUAGUAAUGGAUCUAGAUCAUAUCCUUCGACACCACUACAUACAAUUCAAUCGCAAGAAACGUAUCAGGAUACUAACGAACCGAUGCUCUCAAGUCCUACUCUGAAUUCUUUAAACUUGCACAAUGAAACUGUUAACGAGUCUACUUCUAGCAGUUUAUGUAGGAAUGUUGUGGAUUUGCUUGAAGCCAAUUUCCUUGGAGAAGCUGAUACAGAAACAAAUGAUUUGGACCCACUUGGUAAUUUUGAUGGAUUACAAGAUGUUGAUUCACUGACACCUUUGUUUAAUGAAGUGACAGAGCCUAAUCGUUGAAAGCAUAUACAAAAGUAAUUCAUGGAUUUCUUGUGAUUUUGCAUAGUGAUCUACCAAAGGUUGGAAAAAUAAUUCUUAAAUUGUAUGUUCACAUGACUCCAUUUUAUAAUGAUAGUAAUUUGCAUAAAUAUUCCAUUUUAAUAUGCAAAACAUUAUAGUGACAGUAUAAAAGGAUUAACGAUUAAAUCCUAGUUCCUUGUGCUAAUAUCAAAUAAUACAUGUCACAGUGAUCACAUAAAGAUGCAUCAGUUUGAGUUUUUGUUGGAAUAAAGAAUUCUUUCUUGUUUUAUAUUUAUGAAUAUAAUUUACGUCAAUUUGUCAUUUUUUACCGUUUAUUGAGACAUUAAAUAAAUCUCUACUGCUUAGGUAAUACAUACAUGAUAACAAGAAUAUACCAGAAUUAAUGUCUUUAAUUUAUCUUCUCAAUUACAGUACUAACAUACAUUAUAAUGAGAGGAGCUCAUGAUAGAAAAUUCAAAUAUAAAAAAGAUGUCUUUAAAAGAGUUGAAUACUAUAUUGACUAUUGAAUUGAACAUAAUUUUGACGCAGUUAUAAGUAUUCAUAAUUCAAUUCAAUAUAAAAGAGCAGAAUGAGUGACUGCCAAUGGUAUUUUUUUUAUACUUGUAUUUCUUAUUUUUUAAAGUAAGUAAAGCGAGAAAGAAAUCACUGUGAUGCAAAUAUAAUCUUCGAACAUUA